ACUUUUCUUGUUACAGUUGAAAAAAAAUUGAAAAUUGAUUGAUUCAUGAAAAAAAAUCAAAAUGUUUAUUCAAUCAUACUAUUUACAACGUAUAAACUGGAUGAAUGGAUACAUUGUUCAUUUAUGGUCCACAUAAAUGAUCAUCGGUUUUUCCAUGCUUUUGUUUUGUGCGGUAUUUUCUUUGGUUCGUGUUUUUGACAAUUUUAUUUGAAUUUGAUACAACGAUUUUUCAUACUGAAAAAUGGCUCAAACAUUGCCGUUAAAUCCUAAACCAUUCCUAAAUGGUUUAACUGGUAAACCAAUUAUUGUCAAAUUAAAAUGGGGAAUGGAAUACAAAGGAUUUCUUGUUUCGGUCGAUGCUUAUAUGAAUCUACAAUUGGCCAAUACUGAAGAAUAUAUUGAUGGUGCAUGUACUGGAAAUCUUGGUGAAGUAUUAGUACGUUGUAACAAUGUUCUCUAUAUUCGUGGAUUAGAAGAAGAAGAAGAGGAUGGCGAAAUGAAGGAUUGAUCUG